AUGGAGAAGACGGAAUUAGCAAUUCGAAUAUUGUUGAUCUACUCCAUUCUCAUUACGAUUGUCAUUUUUGCAUGUAAUUUUGUCCCGCAGAUCUCGUAUAUAGGGAUAAAUGUGAAUAAUAAUAAUUACAUCUAUGACUUGGUGAGUAUUUUCAUGAUUAAUACCACUUUCGACAUCUCAAAUUAAAGUUACUCUUUUCAGGAUGGCCUGUUGUUAACUUUGGAGAUAAUUACCAACCUCCUUUCGCUUUAUUACAUCCUCAAAUUUUUGUUUUUCUUCAGUUUCAUCAGCAAUUUGAAGUUGAAUCAGCCAAAUGCCCUGAGGCUGUCAAUUGGCAAGUCAUCUUGAAUAAGAUAAAAUUUUGUAUUUUAGCUGUCGGUCGAGUGGCCUACCCGUUGCUGGCUGCAGUUCUUUAUUGCGUCAAUGCGAGCGUAAAAUCGGAUUACGAUACAAAGUCCAACAAUUACAUAAGAUUCGCAACAUGGUUUUUCUUAUUGUCACUAGUUCAGGUGGGACCCGCGGCACUUUUCUUUUACGGGUGCAAUGAUUUUCGAACACGGUCGAGGACAAGAGCGCAAUAAGAAGUAAGUCGGUGAAUUACAUUUUUACAAUAUAAAUAUGACUUCCACACCUUCAAAUUUUCACCAUAGCCCAGACUAUUUUGUCCUCUAGCCGUUUCUGGCUUACAAUUUGUAAGAUCUUUGGCCCCAACCCCGGGGUUGUCACCAGGCCAUUUUUGUUCCCACGGAAAAAUUUCUUUUCUGAUCCGCUACUUCGUUUGACCAAAAGGCAGUGAUUUUUUGGCGACGCUAGUCCAGGGCAUCGUGGUAAACCCUUAGUCGAAUGGAGCCUUAUCCUAUGCGAAGAAUUACAAACGUGGAAUUACAGUGGGGGACCUGAUCCAGUGGCAAAAAACGUACCAUUUUGCAUCCGGCAAUGAUCAAAAAGGUGGCAAAAUGCUUCCCUGUCCAAGUGAAAAAACUAUGAUUUCAAAAGCGCGCCUGCUUUUUUUGAGAGAAAUGGCGCGCAAAACAAAGUUUUUUCACUUGGAGAGGGAAGCAUUUUGCCACAUUUUUGAUACUUCCCGGAUGCAAGUGGUACGUUUUUUGCCACUGGAUCCGGUCCCUCACUGUAGCACUCAUAACUUUGGCCCGUUGAUUCCGAAGCCACCCGGAUUCGUUUGGCCGAUUUUCUUAUACAAAAACAAAUGACUCAACCUUGAAUCUCACCUCGAGCCCUUUUUGUAAUCAUUCAUAUAUUGUCCUGUAAUCAUUAAUCCAAACUCAUGAAAACCCAACAGGUUUAGAUCACUUCUUUUAAAAUUACGAAAGAAAUGUAAUACGUGCAGUUGCUGUAUGACUUAUCAUCUUUCAGAAGUCAGCAUGAGUUCAUCAAUCAUGUGCGUCUUAUCUCCCCUCCCUCAUGCUUAUCGAUAAAACAGUUUAGUUAA